GACUUCUUCAUUUAAAAUGCCGCCCAUGCGAUUCAAUUAACUCCUCUACCGUACCAGACGCCUAUAUCUUCGAACCAUACUCUUAUAAAUCGCAGCAUUUCCAUCUUAAGAUGUACAAAAAUGUCAUUAAAAUAAUCCUUUUGACUUCUUACUGUUUAGCCAGAAUAAUAAGGGGAGAAAAUACUCAAAAAUAUAGCCGCUCGUCCUUUCGAAAGACCAUUAGAUGACCUAUCAGGCAUCCCAGGAGCCACUCAAUCAAUCCUAUCAAAUCAAAUCAGAACUAUUGAGCUUCCCCAACUUCUUUCUUCCUUCUGAAAGCUUCCCCGCACUACUCGACCGGCUCAUCGCCGACGCCAACGGCUUUCUCUCCGGUGUCGACCAGCAUCAUCGCUCAUUAAGACGGACUAUCAUCACCAUCUCAACCCCCGAUCCCCCAACAUCCAAAAUGCCCAACCCAAUUAUCCUCCAUCUCGGCGACCCCAUCAAAUACAACCAUGACUUCUACAACGGCCCCUUCUCCGACCGCUACGACAUCGUCCCCAACGAUGCUCCAGACCGAGGAUCCUUCAUCCACGCCUUGAAGACAAACCGAUACGGCUCCUUCUCCGCCAUCUUCCGUCCGCACUUCCAAUCCGGGGGUGAAAUGGGCCAGUGGGACGACGAGCUCAUCGCCCUGCUGCCGUCCUCCGUCCGCAUCUUCGCCUCCGCCGGCGCCGGCUUCAACUGGGCCGACGUCGACGCCCUCGGCGCGCGCGGGAUCUGGUACGCCAACGGUGCAGGGGCCUCGGAUGAAGCGGUCUCCGACACAACCCUGUACAUGAUCCUGUCGGUGUUUCGGAACUUCACGAGGGCGCAGAUCGCCGCGCGCACGGCCGAUCCGGCACGCUUUACGGCCACGCAUAAGCUUCUUGCGAUGAUUUCGAGGAAUCCGCGCGGUCAUGUCCUGGGGCUGGUGGGGUUGGGGAAUAUUAGCAAAAGAGUGGCGGAGAAGGCGCGGGCGCUGGGGAUGGAGGUGAUGUAUUUUGAUGUGGUGAGGGCGGAGAGGGAGGAGGAGGAGCGGUUGGGGGUGCGGUUUGAGGGGUCGUUGGAGGCGUUGCUGGAGAAGGCGGAUUGUGUGUCGUUGCAUACGCCGCUGAAUGAACAUACGAGGCAUUUAAUCAAUGAGAGGACAAUUGCGGUGAUGAAGGAUGGGGCGAGACUGGUGAAUACGGCCAGAGGGGAGGUGGUGGACGAGGAGGCGCUGGUCGCGGCGUUGGAGACGGGGAAGCUGUCCGCUGCUGGGCUCGAUGUGCAUUAUCAUGAACCGCAGGUCUCGAAGAGGUUGGCGGCGAUGGAGAAUGUGACGCUGACGACGCAUGUUGGCGGAGGGGCGCUGGAGACGAGGAUCAAUUUCGAGCUGAAUGCGAUGAGGAAUAUUCUGGCGGUGGUGGGCGAGGAUGGGCAGGUUAUCGGGGAGCCGUUGACUCCGGUCAAUGCGAAGGCUGUCAGGGAUAGUCACUCCGGAUAGGAGUAUAGGGGUUGUCGACUAUACAGUACUCUAGACCAUGACAUGAGCAUUUAC